UGGUAGUUAAGUUAAAUAAAAUGUACACGAAUAAAACCGAAUAUGAAAAAAAUAAUACUUUCCUAACAAAAAUUUGUUCUUUUCCUGGCACCAUAUUUAAGCAUCACCAUUUGAGUGAAAUAGCAACGUUUAGCCUAAUGUGAAAUAAAUUUGUUUGAUAUCGACGAUAUCAUAUUCACCGUUAAACACCGAGGCACGACACAUGCGUUGAACAUGUGCGCGGGAGAUGCGGAGAGUGCAAAUCUUUGUUUCACGAUAAGAGAACGGGCAAGAUAAUCCUUCGAAAGUCGUACAUGCGACAUUGAAACUAGGUCUUCUAGCUGCUUUUCUUUCAGGCUUAUAAUGCUUUACGCUGCCAUUAUCAUUUCAAAUAGCGCAUUCGGAGGGAUGAAAAAGCAUUUGUGAGAACGAGGAAGGCUGGCGAAAUCGUGUCUCGGGAAGCACCCGCCAAGUAUAUAAUCUAUUGACAUAUGUUAACCAGCGUCUAUCGUGUGUCUUGAAUAUUUCACCAGUCGUAAUAACGCUCGUUAUCUCGAUUGCCCGUCGUCUCCUCGCGGAUUCACGGCUCUACAAUAUGCGUGAUUACGCGAAUCGCUAUGUAAUCAUGGAGAGACCAUGGUAUAAUAUAAAUGGUGCACGAAUAAUCGAUUCUCUCCGCGAUCUCGAAGAAUCUUCGCAGUCGCCCACCGGAGGCAAGUGCGAUCAGGAUGAUCCUCUUCGUCCUGUGCAUCCUCGCAUUGUCACUCGGCAAUGACGUGAUUGCGUCAUCUCGCGUCGACAACGUUAUCGUAAGAUUUAUCGUCGACGCGACGCCCGCUCUAUUUUCACCUUCAAGACUAUUUUUUCAACUAUGCACCAGCCAAGAUGACACGAUCAAAUUAUCGAGAAUAUUGUCAAAGAACUACUUGUCGCAUAAUAUUCGUAACGUCUAUGAGAAGCUCGAUCCGAAGAUUUACAAUAAUUUAGAAUCAGAACCUGCAUGUGUUGGAUAUGGAUUGCGAUUAUGCCAUCGAUGUUUUACAAGAGGCACAUUCGAACAGGAUGUUCGUCGCCCCAAUGAAGUGGCUGCUCUUGCAAGAUCGAAAAACGAUUAUUGAUAACGACAAUAAUGCCAAUUUAACCGUUACAAAUGAUGACUCUUGGUUGAAAAUCUUGGGCAAUUUGGCGAUCUAUCCUGACAGCGAUGUGAUCCUCGCGCGAAGAUUCGACGGUGACUUUCUCGAAUUGUUGUCCGUAUAUCGACCAAGUCCACAGCGAGGUGUGAUAUGGGAAAAUCGUGGAAAUUGGACGACCGAGAGCGGUCUACAAAUGAGGACUCACGAUGUGGCUUCAGCACGAAGACGAGAUCUCCAACAGACGGCUCUCAAAUCUUGUCUCGUGAUGACGGACCCCAAUACGAAGAAUCAUCUGACGGACUUCGAGGAUAAAGCCAUCGAUCCCGUUACAAAGGCUAAUUAUCCUUGGAUAUUGCAUUUAGUGAAUCGGAUGAAUGCAACGGUAAGUUUCGCAGAAACGAACAGCUGGGGAUAUCGCGAUCAGAACGGUUCUUGGAGCGGAAUGAUCGGGAUGUUGGAACGACGCGAGAUCGACAUCGGCGGCACCGCCACAUUUCUCGUGCCGGAACGUAUCGGCGUUGUGCAAUACAUCCAAUUGUAUACGCAUACUAGUUCGCGCUUCGUAUUUCGGCGACCUUUGCUGUCGAGCGUCAGCAACAUAUUCACCCUGCCCUUUCAACGACACGUCUGGAUGGCGAUAGCCGUGUUUCUCUUUCUGGUCUUCUGUUUGCUCUACUUAUCCAUCAAAUGGGAAUAUUCUAAUACCAGGAUGGCAAAAUCUGCAGCCUACUGGAAUCAAUUGAAUCCCAGUGAGCCAACGGUCAGCGAUUAUCUUCUCAUUCUCUUAGGCGCAUUUGCUCAGCAAGGAUAUUCGUACGAGCCCUUCAGAGUUUCGCCUCGAAUCGUAACUUUUAUGUUACUGCUAACCUCGCUGAGUCUCUAUGCGGCUUAUACAGCGAAUAUCGUGGGUUUGCUGCAGUCUACCACGGAUUCUAUUAAAACUCUUCCGGGUCUCCUACAUAGUCCUUUAAAGUUGGGCGCGCAGGACGUAGUGUACAACAGACAUUAUUUUAAGGCGUUUCAAGACCCCGUUAGGAAGGCAAUUGUCGAGCACCGAAUCGAGCCGAAAGGACGCAAAUCUAAUUGGAUGCCCAUAGAAGACGGUGUACGACGCAUAAAAAACGAACUCUUUGCAUUCCAAGGCGAGAUCGGUACAAUGUACCAAUUGAUGCAAGACACAUAUUUGGAGGAGGAGAAGUGUGGUUUGACGGAGAUCGAUUUCCUAAAGGUCUUGUAUCCGCUGCUCGCAAUACAAAAGCAAUCGCCUUACUCAGAGAUAAUAAAAAUUGGAGCUUUAAAAUUACGAGAAUACGGACUUAAAUAUCACGAAGAGUAUCGCCUGUAUACGAGGAAACCAGUGUGUUCGAGUCAGACCAGCUUUAUCACUAUCGGUUUGACGGAAUGCUACUUCGCGUUGGUCAUAAUGGGCUACGGAAUACUCUUCGCUCUAAUCAUACUUGCGCUCGAGCUGUUGUGGCAUAAGAAACAAACCAUGCAUGCGAUGCAAGAAACCAACGAUAUAGAGUACCUUGAUUAAAUGUCUGCAGAAAUAUAUAUUAGUCCAGCAGAAACCAAGAGGCUACUGACUUUCCUGAAUUCUCUGCACUAAAUUUAACUUUAUUAAAAACUUUGUUACAGAUAUGUUAUCAUUCUGUUGGAAGUUUGUGUCUUUUAGUAAGGGCGAACAGUGGUCGAUGUGUCAUAAUUUAAUGCAAUGUAAAAUAAUUACCAUUAGGAAAUAUAUGUAUCUAUUUCUGUGUCUUUAAUGAGGUUUCAACAACCUUCUUUCGCGUACAAACACUGCGUGAAAUAGAUUCCCAAGUAGCACAUAUACGUUUCAAAAACGUUUUAGAAGCGUUUUUCCGAACCGUUUUAUAACCGAUUUUUAGAAACGUUUCUCAUGAGUUAAAAUGUCCAUUCGGAAAAACGUUAGAUGAAACGUUUCUUUUCCGAUAAAAUAACGUUUAUGAAACCAUUAUAGAAACGUUUUUUAAAGCUAAAGGGAAAAUUUUUUAAUUCCUACUUCUUUAUAAUUUCUGUUGUAAACAUCUUUUCGUCAUGUUUAUAACGCUUUUGAGACAUAUCCCAGGUAGCACGUUUCAUAUAUGAUUCCUAAACGUUUUAAUGUUUAAUAAAUUUUUUAAUGUUUAAUAAAUGUUUAAGAAACGUAUAAAAACCAACAUGUGCUACACCCAGAUAGCACAUGGACAUUCAGUGGAUGUCCAUUGGACGUCUACUUUCUCGAUCCCAGACUAACUCGCUGUCGCAUCAUAUCGGCUCGCCUCUUAUACUAAUACGGAAUGAUUUUUACUUAUGAGAAAGACUAACGC